UGACCUUGCGGGCGCGGCGGUAGCAGCGCGGCCAGGGCGCCGCCUUUGUUCCUCUCCGAGGGCCGCGCCCGAGAGAGGCUUCCCCGGUGCCGCCGACUCCGGAACCCGCGCGCCCGCGGGAGGGGACAGCCAGGCCGGGCUGCCGCCGGGGAGGGCGGCUCCCGCUGCACACGCGCUCGCCUGGGGCUGGGCAGGGUUCGGCGGUCCGGGCGCCGCGAUCCGCCCUGGCCUCCCUGGAACCCCACCCGGGGCCCAGCGGGCGUUGCCAGCCGCGAGCCCGGCGCAGGGGUCGGCCCUGGAAGGCUAGGCGGGAACCCCGGAGCUGGCGAGGGAGGUGCCAGGCAGGUGGCCUGGGAAGCGCAGACCUGGCCCUCGCAGCCUUUUGCAUUUUAUACCAUAACAGCGGCCAGCGCUGAGCAGAUUCUUUCCACCAUGGCCAGACGCCCCCGGAACAGCAGGGCCUGGCACUUCGUCCUGAGUGCAGCCCGCCGAGACGCAGAUGCCCGGGCCGUGGCUCUAGCAGGCUCCACUAACUGGGGCUACGACUCUGAUGGGCAGCACAGCGACUCGGACUCCGACCCCGAGUACUCCAUGCUGCCGCCAUCCAUCCCCAGUGCGGUGCCCGUGACCGGCGAGUCCUUCUGUGACUGUGCUGGGCAGAGCGAGGCCUCCUUCUGUAGCAGCCUGCACUCGGCCCACCGGGGCAAGGACUGCCGCUGCGGAGAGGAAGACGAGUAUUUCGACUGGGUCUGGGAUGACUUGAAUAAGUCAUCAGCCACCCUGCUGAGCUGUGACAACCGUAAGGUCAGCUUCCACAUGGAGUACAGCUGCGGCACAGCGGCCAUCCGGGGCACCAAGGAGCUGGGGGAGGGCCAGCACUUCUGGGAGAUCAAGAUGACCUCUCCCGUCUACGGCACCGACAUGAUGGUGGGCAUCGGGACGUCGGACGUGGACCUGGACAAAUACCGCCACACGUUCUGCAGCCUGCUGGGCAGGGAUGAGGACAGCUGGGGCCUCUCCUACACGGGCCUCCUCCACCACAAGGGCGACAAGACCAGCUUCUCGUCGCGGUUCGGCCAGGGCUCCAUCAUUGGCGUGCACCUGGACACGUGGCACGGCACGCUCACCUUUUUCAAGAACAGGAAGUGCAUAGGUGUGGCAGCCACCAAGCUGCAGAACAAGAGAUUCUACCCGAUGGUGUGCUCCACGGCGGCCCGGAGCAGCAUGAAGGUCACCCGCUCCUGCGCCAGCGCCACCUCCCUCCAGUACCUGUGCUGCCACCGCCUGCGCCAGCUGCGGCCAGACUCGGGAGACACGCUGGAGGGUCUGCCGCUGCCGCCGGGCCUCAAGCAGGUGCUACACAACAAGCUGGGCUGGGUCCUGAGCAUGAGUUGCAGCCGCCGCAAGGCUCCAGUGUCUGAUCCCCAGGCAGCGACCUCGGCCCACCCCAGCAGUCGCGAGCCUCGGCCCUGCCAGAGGAAGCGCUGCCGCCGGACCUGACUGACUUCCCAGUGGAACUGCCUUCUCGGGCUGGGACGGCCCCUUUCCUCUGUCCCUUCCUCCUCUGUCCCUUCCUUCCAGCCACACUCCAGGGCGGAGCUGGAUGAGGCCCGUCCGGAGGGAGUCAUCUCUUGCUCCCGAGGCUGGAACAGUCCUUUCUCGGGGGGGCUCUAGGGCCCCUCUGCUGCUGUGCUGGGUGGGGAAGCGGCUGCCCUGAGCCCCACGUCUUGUGGGAGGCUGCGAGGACGAGAGCCUGGCUGGAGGCCGCGUUGCUGUUCCCACAGGGCCUCGGUUUUUCCUGACUUGCUCUGCAUGCUGUCAGCGGCUGCCCCACCGUCAUAGACUUAAAGGACUGCAAUAAACGUAGAGUUCAUGUCUAACACCCA